AUGCAUCUGCUGCUGUUCAUUUCAAUCUGCCUCAGUCUCUGUUGGUGUGUGCUGAGUGCAGCAGUGACUCCUCCAUGUAGUGCUGUGUAUAGGGGCUUCGCUGAGUGUCUGCUCACUCUGGGUGACAGUGUGAGCUCUAAGACAGAUGAAAACCCUCAGGACAUCAACUCCAUUUGCAAGUCAUGGGAUGCCUUCCAGGUGUGUGUUAGUGGAGUGUUGUCAGGUUGUCGCGGCGAUGCAGCAGAAAUCUGGGAGUCUUUGAGGGCAGAGUCCCGGAAAACAGCAUUUGCAGGGAACCUCUAUGAUAUAUGUGCCAGUCGUACUGAAGCUGUGACUGCAACCACACCUCUGGUACCCAACACUGAUCAAACCAAUCAGGAAACCCUCAAAGGACUCGCUCAUUUUGUCAGGAAAGACCUGCUCCUGAUAUGCUGCUCUCUUCUCCUGCUGAUUCGGAUCUAA